GAGGGAGGGGGGAGAGAGAGAGCGAGAGCGAGAAAUGCAGAGGCAGCAGCCGCGGUAGCGGCGGCAGUGCUCCAGCAGCAGCGCGAGGCACUCCGCGCCCGGCGAGCGAGCGGCAGCCGCAGCGCACAGCGGCUCCGGGCUGCGCGGGGCGGGCGACAGCGCGGCACAGGCACAGAGAGCGGCAGCGGCAGCACGCGGGAGCUCCAACAUGGGAGGCAAACUGAGCAAGAAGAAGAAGGGGUACAGUGUCAAUGAUGAAAAAGCUAAAGACAAAGACAAGAAGGCUGAAGGAGCAGCAACUGAGGAAGAGGAGACUCCAAAGGAGGCUGAGGAUGCCCAACAAACCACAGAGACCACAGAAGUGAAGGAGAACAACAAAGAGGAGAAGGUCGAGAAGGAUGCUCAGGUCGCUGCCAAUAAGACAGAAGAAAAAGAAGGGGAGAAAGAGAAAACAGUGACCCAAGAAGAAGCCCAGAAAGCAGAACCAGAGAAGUCAGAGGCUGUUGUUGAUGCGAAAGUAGAGCCACAGAAGAACAACGAACAGGCACCCAAGCAAGAGGAGCCAGCUGCAGCCUCUGCUCCUGCUGCCAGUAGCGAAGCACCCAAAACUUCUGAGCCUAGCAGCGAUGCAAAAGCUUCCCAGCCUUCAGAAGCCACAGCUCCCAGCAAAGCAGAUGACAAGAGCAAAGAGGAAGGGGAAGCCAAAAAGACUGAGGCUCCCGCAACGCCUGCAGCCCAAGAAACUAAAAGCGAAGUGGCCCCAGCUUCAGACUCAAAACCUAGCAGCAGCGAGGCUGCACCUUCUUCCAAGGAGACCGUAGCAGCCACAGCAGCACCUAGUUCCACUGCCAAGGCCUCGGACCCAUCAGCCCCACCAGAGGAAGCGAAACCUUCUGAAGCCCCAGCGACUAAUUCGGAUCAAACCAUAGCAGUGCAAGAUUAAAUUGGACAGCCUGUUGAAACAACCACUUAAAACAACCUGUGUCUUUUUUUUAUUUUUUCAGCUAUACUAACUCGUUUCAGAUCUGAAAUAACAAAAAGUAUUGCCCAGAAAGAGAAGGAAAAAAAGGAAAAAAAUGAAAAGGAUGUCCCAUCAAGUUGGGAGGGAGGGAGGGGGGAGAAUCCAAAUAGUAUUUUUGUGGGGAAAUAUCUAAUAUACUUUCUGCCAACUUGACACAAGUCCUGGAUUAAAAAAAAAAAAAAAAAA